GUGUCGUACCCCUCCAUGAUAUCCAUGGGGUCGUGUGCAAAAGCACUUUUAUAGACUAGGAGGACCUGGUGCGGGCAUUCGAAUUUCAGUGGUUGUAGUGUAAAGACACCAUUGAGGACCUCUCCACCGACUACUGUACGAUUCCGACCAGGUCGACUAGAUCAAGAUGCCUUUCAAGCCUGCCGAAAACCCGAAAUGCCCCAAGUGCCAAAAAUCCGUCUACGCCGCUGAAGAACGUGUAGCUGGCGGUUACAAAUGGCACAAGUCCUGCUUCAAAUGCGGCCUUUGCGGCAAAAUGUUGGACUCCACCAACUGCACAGAACACGAAGCCGAAUUGUAUUGCAAGAACUGCCACGCCCGCAAGUACGGACCCAAAGGCUACGGCUUUGGCGGUGGUGCCGGUUGUCUUAGCAUGGACACUGGUUCUCAUCUCCAACAAGGCGACGAUAUUGUUGUUUCUCGAGCCCCCCUUUUGCCAAAAGCCAUCGCAAAGGCCCCCGAAGGCGAAGGAUGUCCACGAUGCGGAGGUUACGUGUACGCUGCCGAACAGAUGUUAGCAAGAGGAAGAGCGUUCCACAAAACCUGUUUCAAAUGUGCCGUGUGUAACAAAGGAUUGGAUUCUGUUAAUGUUUCUGAAGGUCCAGACAAGGAUAUUUACUGUAAAGUUUGUUACGGAAAGAAAUUUGGACCGAAAGGAUAUGGUUACGGCCAAGGUGGUGGCACCCUUCAAAGCGAUUGUUACGCUCCUCGAGGAAUCGGUCAUGCUGGCGGUACUUUUCUUGGACUAAUGUGCGAUGCUUUGGAUCUUAACUGGCAGAGUGAUGCUGCCCCCAAAACCACGGUUAUUGACACCGCUUGCAUCAAAGCUCCUCCAGGCCAAGGUUGUCCCCGUUGUGGUGGUGUAGUAUUUGCCGCCGAAGAGGUCCUCGCGAAAGGAAGACCUUGGCAUCGUAAAUGUUUCAAAUGUAAGGAUUGCAAAAAAACUCUCGACUCGAUUAUCGCUUGUGAUGGACCUGAUAGCGAUGUCUAUUGUAAAACCUGUUAUGGCAAAAAGUGGGGCCCUCAUGGAUACGGUUUCGCUUGUGGUUCAGGUUUUCUUCAGACUGAUGGGCUAACCGAAGAUGAAAUUUCGCAAUCACGACCUUUCUAUAAUCCCGAUACGACCUCUAUCAAGGCUCCUCCAGGACAAGGAUGCCCCCGAUGUGGAGGAAUGGUCUUUGCUGCCGAGCAACAACUGGCCAAAGGAACAAUGUGGCACAAGAAGUGCUUCAACUGCGCAGAAUGUCAUCGUCCUCUCGAUUCAGUCUUAGCUUGUGACGGUCCUGACCGUGAGAUCCACUGCAGGGCCUGCUACAGCAAGCUUUUUGGUCCUAAAGGGUUCGGUUUUGGUCACACACCAACCCUGGUUUGUGCUGAUGGUGCUCCUGCAGCAAUUCACAAUGAUAUCAGACCCAACAGUGGGCCAAAAGCCGCCCCUGGUCAAGGGUGUCGUCGUUGUGGCUACGCCGUCUACGCUGCUGAGCAAAUGAUCAGCAAAAAUGGUAUCUGGCACAAGAGAUGCUUCUCUUGUGUUGAAUGCAAGCGCUCGUUGGAUUCAACCAACCAAAACGACGCCCCCGAUGGCGAAAUUUACUGCCGAGGUUGCUACGGAAGAAAUUUUGGACCGAAGGGAGUUGGUUUUGGAAUGGGCGCUGGUACUUUAACUAUGGCUUAGAUUCAUCGACCCGAUCCUUUGAACUUUCUUAAUCCAUACGAAAUUAGUUGAUUUUUGAUUGGUUAAGAUUGUUCCACCUUUUAGCUUGUGGUUUUAGCAGGAAUAAUAUUAAUACUAAAAAUGAUGCUUGAGGACGCAUAUUUUUUUGGAAAAUUUUUUGUAAUUCCAUUUUUGAUAGAGGAUACGACAGAAAGGGAACAAGACUCGAACGGCUUAUUCCGUUUACCAGUUGGUAUAAGAUUAUGAAAGACUUCCUCGAACGACCAGGGUUAUCCUGAGGUUUUUUGUACAUAUCUACACUGGCCACAAUGUUGGUCUAAUAUACAGCUUUGCGCUUUGCUACUGUACUCGAUUUGUUUUUGCUAUUUACAACGUAAGUCUUUUUGUCUAGAUGUACUUUCAUUCUAUAUUAUGUUUAAUAAAAAGCUAAUAAAGUUACCUAAAAAAAUGUA